AUGCAUUUUUUGGAUCUUGAAUUCUUCAUCAUAAAUGCACAGCUGUAUUUACCCUUCAAGUACAAACUGAAACAUAGCUUUCCACCUGUGUGUGGAGGCGCUGCUGUUGGCUUUCUGACAGUUUCCAGUGUCAUUACCAUGUCAGCCCCUUUCUUUCUGGGUAAAGUUAUUGACGUUAUUUAUACAAAUCCCAGUGAAGACUUCACUGUCAGCCUGACCAGCCUGUGUGCCUUGCUGAGUGGAAUCUUUUUAUGUGGUGCUGCUGCUAAUGCUACUCGUGUCUACCUCAUGCAGACUGCAGGACAAAGGAUUGUGAAACGUUUGAGAACAACCAUGUUCUCCUCUAUUCUGAAGCAAGAAACCGCUUUCUUUGACAAGACCAGAACAGGAGAGCUGAUAAACCGCUUAUCUUCAGAUACAGCCCUCUUGGGUCGUUCAGUGACUGAAAACCUUUCAGAUGGGCUCAGGGCAGGAGCACAGGCAUCUGUGGGGGUUGGAAUGAUGUUUUUUGUGUCUCCUAGCCUUGCUGCAUUUGUUCUGAGUGUUGUGCCACCCUUGGCUGUCCUGGCUGUGAUUUAUGGAAGAUACUUGCGAAAACUUACUAAAAUGACCCAAGAUUCUCUUGCACAAGCAACACAGUUAGCUGAAGAGCGUAUUGGAAACAUAAGAACAGUUCGAGCUUUUGGGCAAGAAGUGGCUGAAAUGGAGAAGUAUACAAAUAAAGUUGAUUAUGUGCUACAGCUGGCUAAAAAAGAGGCAUUAGCUCGGGCAGGCUUCUUUGGAGCAACUGGCCUUUCUGGAAACUUAAUCGUCCUCUCGGUCUUAUACAAAGGAGGAUUACUAAUGGGCAGUGCCUACAUGACAGUUGGUGAACUCUCAUCUUUCCUAAUGUAUGCUUUCUGGGUUGGAAUAAGCAUUGGAGGUCUAAGUUCCUUUUAUUCUGAACUGAUGAAAGGGCUAGGUGCUGGUGGACGUCUAUGGGAACUUAUUGAGAGGAAGCCCCAGCUUCCAUUCAAUGAGGGAAUCACAUUAGGCAAAGACACAUUCAGAGGUGCUUUGGAAUUCAAGGAUGUUGAGUUUGCAUAUCCAACACGUCCAGAAACAUCCAUUUUCAAAGAUUUUAGCCUUUCCAUUCCAGCUGGCUCUGUUAUGGCUCUGGUUGGCCCAAGUGGUACAGGGAAAUCGACUAUUGUAUCCCUUCUGCUGAGGCUGUAUGACCCUAUCUCAGGUACUAUCACCGUUGAUGGCUUUGAUAUCCGUCAGUUAAAUCCACUGUGGUUCAGGACAAAGAUUGGAACUGUGAGUCAGGAACCAAUUCUGUUCUCCUGUUCUAUUGCUGAAAAUAUUGCCUAUGGUGCAGAGGAUCCUACUACUGUGACUGCAGAGGAGAUUCAGAAAGUUGCUGAAAUAGCUAAUGCUGCCAGCUUUAUCAGAGAUUUUCCAAAAGGGUUUGACACUGUAGUUGGGGAAAAAGGCAUUCUGCUUUCAGGUGGACAGAAGCAACGAAUUGCGAUUGCUCGAGCUCUGCUCAAGAAUCCUAAAAUUCUUCUGUUAGAUGAAGCAACAAGUGCUUUGGAUGCUGAAAACGAGUAUCUAGUGCAAGAAGCUCUGGACCGGCUGAUGGAAGGGAGGACGGUCCUAAUUAUUGCUCAUCGUCUGUCUACUAUUCAGAAUGCUGAUUUUGUUGCAGUCCUUGGCCAGGGUAAAAUUCUUGAAUGUGGAAAACAUGAGGAACUGCUUGCAAAUCCAAAUGGACUUUUCAGGAAACUAAUGCAGAAACAAGCUUUUCUUCAGAAUAAUGAUACUUUUGCAUUAGGUUUACAAUCCAGAGAGAAGGAUGCAUUAAAAGAAAAUGUAUGAGAGAAUGUAUGAAUAAUGGAAGCUUACAAACUACAAAGAAUAUAAUUUAUGUUUCAGUUAUGUAAAGUAAAUGUUAUAUUUUUCCAAAAUGUACAAAAUAUUCUUUGAAAACCUAAAUGUGUUUAAACUUUUUAUCGAAAGCUUUUUAAUAAUUAUUGCAACUUUUUAAAAUGUCUAUCACAUUGAGAUAAUUUCAGUGUAUAGAUUUUCCUGCUUUGUGUUAUGUUGAGACCAUUUAGAAUCUUGUGUGCUGUAAUGCACUGUAUGAUGAUGUGCUGCAUUCUGAAGUAAGUUCGGUAUUCUAAGGGUAA